AUGUGGCCGCUCGCUCGCAAGUCGCGUUGCCUCGUGCCGCGCAGUGUCCGUGCGCGCGGCUUUGCCCUGAGCCAGCACACGGACGACUCGACGCUCUCGGGCUUCUCGCUCAAGCUCUCGGACGACCAGCGCGAGUUCCAGUUGCUGGCGCGCAAGUUUGCGCGCGACGAGAUGAUGCCGCGCGAGCGCGAGUACGACCAGAGCAUGGAGUUCCCGCAGGCCGUGUUUGCCAAAGCGUGGGCGCUCGGGCUCGUCAAUACGCACGUGCCCGAGCAGUUUGGCGGCCUCGGCUUGGGCUCGCUCGACGGCUGCAUCAUUGGCGAAGAGCUCGCGUACGGCUGCACGGGCAUGGCGACCGCCAUUGAGGCCAACGGACUGGCCACGGCGCCGCUCCUGGUCGCGGCCACGGACGCGCAGAACAAAAAGUAUCUCGGGCGGCUUGUCGACGAGCCCGUGCAAGCGGCGUACUGCGUCACGGAGCCGGGCGCGGGCUCGGACGUGGCCGGCGCCAAGACGACGGCGGUCAAGCGCGGCGACAAGUGGGUCCUGAACGGCGCCAAGAUGUGGAUCACGAACGGCGGCGUGGCCAAGUGGUUCUUUGUGCUCGCCAAGACGGACCCGGGCGCGAACGCGGGCGCGGCGUUCACGGGGUUCAUUGUCGACGCCGACAGUCCCGGCAUUACCAUUGGCCGCAAGGAGAUUAACAUUGGCCAGCGGUGCUCGGACACGCGCGGCAUUACGUUUGAAGACGUGGCGGUCCCGGAUGCCAACGUCCUGGGCGCGCCGGGCUAUGGGUUUAAGAUUGCCAUGCAGGCGUUUGACAUCACGCGGCCGCCCGUCGCGAUUGGCGCCGUGGGGUUGGCCCGUCGCGCGUUCGACGAAGCGCGCAAGUACGCGAUGGAGCGCCAGACGAUGGGCGCGCCCAUUGCGCAGCACCAGGCGAUCCAGUUUAUGCUGGCGGACAUGGCGACGGGCAUUGAAGCGGGGCGCCAGCUCACGUACAAGGCGGCGUACGAGAUUGACUGUGGCCGCAAGAACACCAUGUACGCGUCCAUGGCCAAGCGCUUUGCCGGCGACCACGCCAACAAAGUCGCAGCGGACGCAGUGCAGAUCUUUGGCGGCGCGGGGUUCAACACUGAGUACCCCGUCGAGAAACUCUUUCGCGACGCCAAGAUUUACCAGAUCUACGAAGGCACGUCGCAGAUCCAGCGCAUGAUUAUCGCCAAGGAGAUGUUUGCGCGCGAGUCGAUGGACCCGUAG